AUGGAGAUCAAGCUUCGGUCAUGUCUUGAUGCUAAGGGUGAACCCGAGAUCUUAGACCGCCACGGCAAACCGUAUCUCUCGAAAGACACUCGAGCUUCUAACGGCAAGCGAGUUAUAGGUCGUGGUGAAGUUCUUAUACGUGGGCCUUGUGUAACGAGUGGAUAUUAUAAAUUACCGGAGAAGACUGAGGAAGCGUUCAAGUCGGACGGGUGGUUCUAUUCGGGUGAUGUUGGGCAGUUUUUGGAAGAUGGUAGUCUGCAGCUCAUCGACAGAGUGAAGAACUUGGUCAAAUUACGAGGUGGCGAAUACAUCGCUUUGGAGAACAUGGAGUUAGUCUACAGCAGUUCAGCAUUCGUGGAUGCUGUCAAUGGUGGCAUCAUGUGUUACGGUGAUGGCACUCUGGAUAGGCCGGUUGCGAUGGUACAAGUAAACAAGGAAAAUCUCGAGAAAUGGGCUAAGGCUAACAAUGUCCAAUAUAGGAACUACGAGGAGCUGCUGAGGAAAUCUGAGUCUAGGAAAGCGGUUCUCGAUUCGCUGAGGAAGUGUUGGAAAGUUGGUAAGCUGUCUCCACUUGAGCAACUCUGUGCUAUAGUAUUGCUCAAUGACCCAUGGACUCCAGAAAACAAGUGA